UGUGCUGCCCUAAGAUCAUGCUGUGCCCAAGUCGCAACAAAAGCAAGCCAGACAUAGUACCUUAACCCAUCUGCAUAGCCUGUACUGAAAAGACUAAACUGUCACGGAGCCGGUCAAUCUAAAAGGCAGCCACUGCGGCCCUUGGCGGUCAUGGCGACCGACAUCGUCAGGGAGGCACCACUUGAGCAGUAUGGCGGACCAUUUGGGUACAAUCUCGGUGAUCUCGCUCACAUUGCGGGCAAUGAGCCGCACGCGCCGGAGACACCUCGUAACGUGAACCACAUUCGUAACGAGAGGCCGCUUCUUGACCAGACUGAGGAAGAGCUGAUGCAAGGGUUCUUCACCAAUCCGAAUAUUGAUAAACCGUUGUUGCACGACAACAGCCUGAGUUGGGCGGGUUUCGACAUGGCAAGAGCCAUGGAGGGCGUGCCUUCCUCCGCUAACCAUUUCGACCCAACAUCGGGCACCAUCGACCCCGCUAUCACCCUUGCCGACAGCAACACACACUACCACACUCAUUCGCAGGGUCCACACAUGCAGUAUGAGGGCUUCAAUCACAAUGAUUUCUUCCACAUUGGCAAUCAACAUCAUCACAACGCGGACGAUGAGCAAUUGAUGAGCGGCGCCAGCUCGCUACUAGGCAUGCGCAAUGGUCAUGCUCAAGUGCAACCAUUCAGCGUCGAUGGUGGUACAGCCUCAACCGCCGCAUGGGGCGGCUUUCACCAUCCGGAGUUCAUGCAAAUGCCGUCAGGCGAGGACUAUAACACUCACAUGAUUCCAGGAUCAGCUAACAACGAAGGCAUGAGUCCUGCCAUCACACACUCCUUGCACCAUUUUCAGCCUCCGCAAGAGGAAGAUACAAGCUCGAUGAUGGCACCAAAGCAAUUGCGACCGUCAAACACGACCGCUAAUCAUCAAUCGUUCGGCCUUGGCCCGAGUCAUACGGCUACCAUGCAACAGCUUCUGACACUAUCCACUCCUGCAGUCACCCAGAACCGCGGUGGACCUGCUGCCUUACACUUCGCAAGUGACACUAACUUCGGUGCCGGUCACUACAACGCGCCACAUGCGCCAAUGCAGCAGGAAAAGGCGACGAACCUGAUGCACGUUCCUCUAGCCGGCGACGUUACGGUGCCCGAAACAGCACGUCCGCACUUGGUACGCCACAUAAGUCAACAAGAAGAGCGCGCAUAUUCCGCCAAUCCGUCGUUCCCGCACCGCACGUUCCAUAGCAGCAUCUCUUCGACCGAGGCGAUCAAUGGUCUACCUUUGCCGGCAAGCAUUCCACGCAGUCAGACAUAUCCACAACCCUGGACAGCGGACACUCACGGUCCCAUUUAUGUAGAGAGCAGCGUCGGCGACCAUACGAGUGAGGAACCGCAGAUAGUAAAGCGCCGGAAGUCCCGCGUUGAGCGCGAGGAUGAUACAGAUCCCUGCGCACCGUCAAUGCGCAAUCACCCGCGAAUCAGCCAAUGAGCACUCUGCAACGUCUACUGUGGUUACGCCUUCACGCCGACAGUCGACAGUAAAUCGCCGCUCGAAU